AUGGUGAUAUUGCCUUCCAUCGAAGUGUAUAUGGGUUGCACUGACGCUGAGGAGAGCGUAGAUAGCCUUAUGUUAAUCUGUUGUGGAAUACUUGGUAUGCUGAAGACAGUAUGGUUUCGCAUUUACGCAAGAAAUUUGACUAACAAUUAUAAUUCCGCUCGGAAUGAUUAUCUGAUAGUUGAAGAUGCCAAACAGAGAGCUAUUAUGCGAAAACAUGCUUUCACGGGAAGAACUCUCUGCUGUUUUAUGUUGUGCUUCUCUUACUUUAGCUGUAUAAUAUAUGCGCUAAUUCCCCUUUUUGGUGAUGAUAAAAAUAAACAGAUAAAUGUAACGCACGAGAACGUAUUAUUACAGUAUACAGUACCCUCAAGAUGCGCCUUAGAGUACCUCAAUGUUCCAACAAGCAUGUAUAGAACCUUGUGUCUCAUUGAAGCUGUCUCGCUUAUUCUAACAAGUACUACUAAUCACGGUAACGACUCUAUGUUUAUUAACAUUACGUUACAUGUAUGUGGUCAAGUGGAAAUUUUAAAAGCGAAAUUUAUUGAGUUUGACGUUACAAGUCCACGAGUUUAUGAGCGUCUUAUUACGUUAAUUAAAAGGCAUUGUUACUUGAUAAGGAUGGCUAGAAAACUUGCGGAUACAAUUAGUUUUGUUUUGCUAAUUCAGCUAUUCAUUAUCAGCAUACAGUUAUGUAUAACAGGAUUUCAGUUUAUCCUAGCUUUGAAAGUUAACGACCCUGUUAUGGCAGGAAAAAGUGUAAUGGUGCAGAGUACCUUUCUGUCACAGUUGACGCUAUAUAGUUUUAUUGGAGACUAUCUAAAAACCCAAAUGGAAGAAAUAGGGCUUUGUAUUUAUCAAAACGCUUGGUAUAAUCUUCCUGCAAAAAUUACAAGAAACUUAAUCUUUAUCAUUAUGCGGACUGAGUCUCCUGUCACAUUGCAUGCCGGAACAUUAUUUGUGGUAAAUUUGUCGUCAUACAUGAGUAUCUUAAAAGCGUCUAUUUCGUAUCUAUCUGUACUUCGAGUAAUGGUAGAGACAUAAAAAGUAUGAUAUGUACAUAUAAAUGAAAGAAUUAUGCAAAAACUCUAAAUCGGUUUACGAUUGAGCAAAACAGAGAUUUGUAAAAAAAGAAUUUAAUAGAAUGUGAUUUUAAUGAAGUUGUUUAUCUUAUUAACGCGUGCAAGUGUCUUGUUGUGCCAAAUCAAUUUUCUUAAUGUAAUAUAAAAAAUA